AUGUUUAGCGGUAGGUCUAUAACGGAGCAAACUAUUCAGGACGGCUCAGUUCAUAACUUAGCGAUGUCCAGUUCAACACAACAAGACCAACAGCUAGUAACUCCAUUACGCCCCAGGACUGUUAUUUUAAAAGAUGGUGAAACAGUUGCUACAAUGUAUCCCAUUCCUUCAUUCCCACAACUACUUCCACCAGAAUUACUUCAGUUUUUAUUGGACGAAUUUAAUAUGGAGAUAGAAAAAGGUGAUAGUUUUCCUUACUAUGAAACAUUAACCAUGGAAGAAUUUCAAGAUGUAUGGUUUAAUAGAGAUGGGCAUAUCUGUAUUAUGGUACUAGGAGAAAUUCCAGAGCUAGAUUAUAGUGCCGAAGAUAUAUAUCCUCGCAGUGAGAGUGCUGAAAAGGGUUCAGUGACAACUAAUAAUAAUGUCGACAAUGAAAAGAACUCUGAAACUUACCUACAAAGAAAGAAGUUACGUAAUUUUAAUUUCAAGAUACCUUGGGAGAAACAAUGCUUAGGUAUUUUCCAACUACAGCCUGCAUAUCCUGGUAGAUCAUCACAUGUAGUGACUGGGACAUUUUUGGUAAACGCUGGUAUUAGAGGUAAAGGUAUUGGUAAAACUCUUUCAGAAAUAUUUAUUGAAUGGUCUAAGAAGCUAGGUUUUACGUCGUGUUGUUUCCCAUUAAUAUAUGGUACAAAUGUCGGGAUUAGAAGGAUUUUAGAGGAUUUGAAUUUUAGAAGAGUGGGUAAGCUUCCAGAGGCUGGAAUUUUGAAAGGUUAUGAUGUUCCUGUGGACUCCUUCAUAUAUGCCAAAGAAUUCACCCAUAUCAAAAGAAGUAUCGAUUUACUUCGUGAUCCUGAAAAGACUAACGAAAUCGCAAAAUAUGAACGAUUGCGGUACUACUUGGAAACGGGAGAAUAUCCGUUACAUUGUGACAGAAGUGAAAAGGCUCGUUUGCGUGUCAGUGCCAAGAAUCAUAAUUUACAAAAUGGAAAACUGAUGACGAAAGGUAGAGAGGUUGUUUACGAUCCAGUCAAACAGCGACAAAUUGCCUUGGAAACACAUAAUGUCAUGCAUGAAGGCAUAAAUAAAAUAACGUCCAAAAUUGCCAAAAAAUAUCAUUGGAAACGGAUUAAGCACACUGUCUCUGAAGUUAUUGCACAAUGUCAGAAGUGUAAAAUGAGAUACCCUGAUGAGAAUGGUGUUAUUGUCACUGCUGGUGAAGCUCCAGUAGCACAGGCCCAUAUGCUACCCUCUCAUGCUAUAAAUACAGAUGAAAUGAUGAAUAAGUCCGAAGUGCAUAGUGGGACCCGUACAAAUGAAUCUAAUAUAAGAGUUGGAACUAGCUUACCGACUAUUGAAAACACAAAUGGCCGUAAGAGAUCACAGAGUAUUUCUGAAAAUGACAAGGAUGUUACCCGUGAUACUACACACGUACUAGAUACUACUAAAUCGAAGCAAGCAAAAUAUGAUACUCCUCAAAAUGGAUACACAACUUUAAAUACUACUAACACAUUCAAUAAAUUCAUUGCUGAUGAGAUGAAUAGACGUAGAACCAGUUAUAUUGAUGCAGCUACGAAAGUUCUAGUGGACAUGAACGAGAAGAAUCCUCAGGGAGCUCCUAUAACGAAUACAGGCAAAAGUAGUAGUGAUAACAUCAUGAACGAUGCAAUGUUGAAUUUGGAAGAUAAUGUCAUGGCAGCAUUGGAGAUUGUACAAAAAGAGCAAGCAGAACAACAGCAGACAGAAGAUGAAGCAUCAAUGUUACGACGCCAACGUGAGAACGAACAAUUCUUAUUAAGUUUUGAUUUUGAUGCGGCAUAUCAUGAAGAAGAGGAUGAAGAUUACCAUGAUGAUGACGAUGACGAUGACGAUGAAGAUGAUGAUGACGAUGAAGAUGACGAAGACGAGGAGGGUGACGAAAUAUAUGGUGAUAGAGCCGCUAACGGGAGUAAUAUUUCCAACGAUAUCGACUCUGCUGUUCAAAACAAUAUUUCUGAUGAUUCUAAAAGAUAUGAUAAAUUCAUUAAUGAGAGAAAGAAGAUGUUACAAGAAAUACAAGAGAUUGAGAUUGAGAAUGCUAUAGAUGAUGAUAACCCGAAUGAUGAUGACAUAGAAGAUACGAAACAACGUGAGUCACAAGAUAUACCGACAGAUAUUGACCCCAUAGUGGAUUCCGAUAAAGCUCCUAACUCCAUGAUAUACUACCAUGGUAUGUGA